CAGUAUCUAAAAUCUGUUGGCACAAUAUAUCGUUUAGAUUAUCUUGUUUGGGCUCCGUGGAAGUUAAUUGAGAUAGAAUGGGUGUGAACGUGAGCGACUCGUCCACCACCGACUCAGAAAGCAAGAACGUAUCAUUUCAUUGGGGAAAUGCUCAAUCACCAUUGGCACUACCCUUUCUCAAACUCCCCAUCUCCAAUUUCUCCCCACCCCAACUCCCCGCAUCCAUUUCCAAUGCCGCUCAUCAUUUUUCCACACUUCUCCACUCUCUCGCUUCUCAAAACCCAUUCCUAAAUAAACUACUCUCUCUUUCCUCUCAAUUCCAUAACACUUGCUUCCAGAUUCGUUGCAGUAACUUUAGGAACAGGAGGUUGCUGGUUAAUCACAAUUUCGCUGCCGUUUUACCUGGGGAUUCGGUGGCUGGGUUAGUUGUCGCUAAUGGUCUUCAAAAUUUCUUGAGCCUUUACAAUACCUUGAUUAUUGUCAGGCUUGUUCUUACCUGGUUUCCUAACGCUCCUCCUGCUAUUGUUACUCCCCUCAGCACCGUAUGUGACCCGUAUCUGAACAUAUUCCGUGGGCUUAUCCCCCCUCUUGGAGGAACACUGGAUCUCUCUCCCAUCCUAGCAUUCCUUGUCCUGAAUGCCUUCACUAGCACUGCUGCCGCACUCCCUGCUGAGCUUCCAGUCGCAGAACAAUCUAAACAAGGUCUUGAAGCAAGAUUACAGUCUACUGAUGUUACUUCUUCACAGAAGAAAUGGAUGAGACGGAUUCGAGAGAUCGGGUCAAAGACCUCCACUCGGGCCAAUUAGAAUAUCAUAAUAUAUUCGUUUGCACAUCUGUCUGUGUGUUUAUUUAAUUUAAAUAGGUUUCUGUUGUAACUUCACAGUUAUGAUAGUGCUAGGCAACACAAUUUUCGGGCCUGUGAUUCCCAAGAUUUUAAGAGUUUUGAGCUUUGCUGUACCCUUGUUCUUAAUAUGAAAGGUGAUUACUUUCAGAAAAACUAGAAUUUAUGCCGAUACAAUGACUCUGUGACAGUUUGGCAAAAGCUCUGAAUUUAUUAGAAUCAUGUCGAUACUUUUUC